AUGACUACUUGUUAUUUAUCGAAAGACCAACAAAUUGAAUUAACUCAAAUAGCUCAAAGUUUAGCUACAUUGGGUAAAGGAAUUUUAGCUGCAGAUGAACCAGCAGAUAUCAUUGAAUCACGUUUUUCACCAGUAAAUAUUGAAAAUACUGAAGAAAAUCGUCGAUAUUAUCGUCAAGUAUUAUUUCGCACAAAAGAAUGUUCACAAUAUAUAAGUGGUAUUAUAUUAUGUCAUGAAACAUUUCAUCAUAAAACUAAUGAUGAUAAUACAUUAUUUCCUCGUUUAAUAAAAGAAAAUGGUAUUAUAACAGGUAUUACAGUUGAUAAAGGUUUGGUUGUAUUAGGUGGAACAGAGAAUGAAACAAUAACACAAGGUUUAGAUAGUUUGGAAGAACGAUGUCGAGAAUAUAAAAAACUCGGUGCACAAUUUGCUAAAUGGCGAGCUUUAAUUAAAAUUAGUCAUCAUACUCCAUCACAAUUAGCAAUUAAUGAAAAUGCAUCAGCACUUGCUAGAUAUGCUUCAAUUUGUCAACAGUGUGGUCUCGUACCUAUUGUUGAACCAGAAGUAUCUCAAGAUGGUGAUCAUGAUCUUGAAGAAUGUCAACGUAUAUCUGAAAAAGUUUUAGCAACAGUUUAUAAAGCAUUAAAUGAUCAUCAUGUUUACCUUGAAGGAACACUUCUUAAACCUAGUAUGGUUACUCCAGGUAAAAAUUCAACAAAGAAAUAUUCAAUUGAACAAAUUGCAGAAGCAACUGUUAUUACAUUUCGUCGAACGGUACCAACUGCUGUACCAGGAAUAAUGUUUCUUUCUGGUGGACAUAAUGAAGAAAAUUCUACACUUUAUUUAAAUGCUAUUAAUCGUGUUCAACUUUAUAAACCAUGGAUAUUAUCAUUUAGUUAUGGACGUGCACUUCAAUCAUCAGUUUUACGUGCUUGGAAAGGUGAUAAAGCUAAUGAUGAACAAACACGAAAAGAAUUUCUUCGUUUAGCUAAACAAAAUAGUCUUGCUUCAAUGGGAAAAUAUGAAGCAGUUGUUUAA